CCCGCGGCCCAGGGAUCCCCAGAGAUGAAGUUUGGCUGCCUCUCCUUCAGGCAGCCUUAUGCUGGCUUUGUCUUAAACGGAGUCAAGACCGUGGAGACGCGCUGGCGGCCCCUGCUGAGCAGCCACCGCAACUGCACCGUCGCCAUCCACAUAGCUCACAGGGACUGGGAGGACGACACCUGGCGGGAGCUGCUGGUGGACAGGCUGGGGAUGACUCCCGCCCAGGUGCAGGCCCUGCUUCGGGAAGGGGAGAAGUUUGGCCGGGGAGUGAUAGCUGGGCUCGUUGACAUUGGGGAAACUUUACAGUGCCCUGAAAACUUGAGUCCCGACGAGGUUGUGGACCUGGAGAAUCAAGCCGUGCUGAGCGACCUGAAGCAGAAGUACCUGACCGCGAUUUCCAACCCCAGGUGGUUACUGGAGCCCAUACCUAGGAAAGGAGGAAAGGACGUAUUCCAGGUAGACAUCCCAGAGCACCUGAUCCCUUUGGGGCGUGAGGUGUAACGAGUGUGGGCUCCUGAGAGGAACGUUGCUGAGAAGCCAGCUAAAUCAUGAUACCUUCAACAUCACUAUUCAGACCUAUAUACGCUGGGCUAAGUCGGCAUUGCCACCGCAUGGGAGGGCGCCACCCCCUCGGUGCUGUUCACACAUGCAGGUUUCCUCACUCAGAUGAAGG